AUUUUCCAAAUGCGAAGGCGUGGAUCAUGAAUUUUUAAUAGCGAGACCUUCGCCGUGCUAGGAUUUGUAAAUUCGCUUCGUUUGCAAGAUGAACUUUUUUUCUAGACGGGAUUUCCUGCGAACUGGAUCUGUAUCAGCUGCGUAAGGACAGAGAAAAGUUGAGGGACGGAGAAAAAUGUCAGAGCCUGAAAAACCAAAGGGCCAUACUUUAUCAAAGGAUGAAGGUUUAACCAACGGAGGAAACAAUGUUCCCACUAACAUUUCAGAUGAGAUGACAGAGAAAUUCAACCUUGCCACAGUAAAUGUGUCAGAUGCCCAGUAUAACAGGAACAUCUUUUUUGAUACUUCGCCACAGGCUGUGAGGCUCUACCUGUUGUACAAUCACUGGUUCAUGCAGAUGCUGGUAUAUGUGUUCAUCAUCAUAAAUCUUGCUCUGGCUCUCUUUGAGGAUCCCGCUGUUGUGCCACUUCCUAUAUGGACGACUUCUACAAUUGAGAUCAUAUGUCUCUCAGCGUUCACUGUGCGGAUGGUGCACUAUGCCAAAGUCAUCAGGGAUAAAUUCUGGAAGGAUCCUAAAAAUAUCUGCAUCAUAGUCAUUGUAAUGCUCUCUUUCAUAGAUUUGACUAUAUAUGGGGCUCUGAAAGCAACUGGCUACUUUGCCAUCCGAUGGUCGAGGGUCUUAAGACCACUUCUUUUAGUCAAUGUUACAGAGGGAAGACAACUGCGGAGGGCCUUCAGGAGUAUUCGAAAUGCUCUGCCUCAGAUCUCCUAUGUUUUUCUGUUAUUCAUGUUCAGCGUGUUGGUCUUUUCUCUCAUGGCUCUUAAAUUAUUUGGGAAAAGGGGCCUUCUUACCAUUGAUGGUUCUCCAUAUUUCACUGACUACUUGGAUAUUGUUUUCGAUCUUUAUAUUUUAGUGACCACUGCUAAUAGCCCUGAUGUCAUGAUGCCGGCAUACAACUACAGUGUUUUCUUCACUAUUUUCUUCAUUCUAUACAUUGUUAUCAACACAUAUACCUUCAUGUCAUUCUUUCUUGCUGUCGUUUACAACAACUACAAAAAGUACCUUAAGGAGGAAGUGCGGCAGCUGGUGAAAGCCAGAAGAUUUAAGAUGUGCCGGGCGUUUUCUUUGCUUCAGGAGACCCGGGGUGAAGGUGGAGAGCCUGUAGUGACCCAGGCCAAAUGGAACCAUCUGGUUAAACUUGUCAAGCCGAAUAUCAGUAUUGCUCACCGGGAAUUGCUCUGGAGCGUCUUAGAUGAUCAGAAUAAAGGACACAUAGGGAAGUUUGCAUUUGUGCAGCUUGCUGAUCUUCUGAGUAUUCAGGUGAUCACAGUGAAGUCACAGCCACACCCCAUUCAAAUCUGUUUCCCCUCCAUGUAUAAUUCCUCAGUCAGCAGAUUCAUUCGCUAUAUGGUUCAUCACAGAAUGUUUGUGUAUGUCUAUGACCUGAUUAUCCUGGUGAAUGCUGUAUUCAUUGGUCUGGACGAGGAGAACCCUGUGGUAUCAAAUGCUGAGUGGGGUUUUCUGGCUCUUUAUAUGUUGGAGAUCAUUCUCAAACUGUACGCUACCGAGCCUCGGGCGUUCUUCGCUCGACAUCAUUUCUGGAACUGGUUUGAUACCAUCAUUAUUGUGUCUGCACUCUUUGGCACUAUCAUUAACUCAGCACUCAAACACUCUGGAGGUUACACAAGUCGCCAGAUCUUGGACAUCGUUUUCAUCUUGAGAGUCCUCCGACUCAUACGCUUGGUGGAUUCCAUUAAGAGAUUCCGAGCUAUCAUCAACACUCUUAUUAAAAUUGGACCGACUAUUCUUAUAUUUGGCCAGCUCAUAGUGGUGGUGUAUUACAUAUUUGCCAUGGUUGGAAUGGAAUUAUUUAAAGGUAAAAUUCAGUUCUUUGAACCUAACUCUACAAGUCCUGAUCAAGAGUACUGUGGAAACCCUCUCCUCAAAGGAACCACUUUUGCUAAACUCAACUACUGCAAGAACAACUUCAACAAUGUGGUCUCUUCCUUCAUUGUCUUGCUGGAACUCACUGUGGUUAAUCAGUGGCAUGUGUUGACCAGCGGUUUCACGGCAGUCACGCACGUUUCAGCCAGAAUUUUCUUCGUCCUUUUUCACAUUGUGGUCGUUAUUAUUAUAAUCAAUAUUUUUGUAGCAUUUAUCUUGGAGGCGUUCUUAGUAGAAUACACAGUUGACAAAAGUGACCUGCAAACUUCUCUGGAGAAAAAAAUAGAGGAUCUGGAGCUUAAUGUUCAACAGGAUGGUGUGGACACUGGUCUUGUAGAUGCAAUGGAAAGCAAUGACAAUGAACUGGGCCCUUCUGAAGCUGGCAAGCAGAAGCCCUCCCUCAUGUUCAAGAUUGCUUCAAGAAGAUCCAGAACUGUGGAUGGACUUUUACAGCGGAUGUUUGAAACAGAUCUUCGUCCUGAAGACUUCAAUGAGGAAGAGGAGCCAGAAAAUAUCAACUUCUCAAACCCCGUCUUUGACUCAGUAUAACCAACAUUAAAAAAAACCAAAAAAAAAAAAAAACAUGUAAAUAUAUAAAUACAGUUUGUAUCAAAGAUUCUCUUUAUGUAAGAAAUAUUUGAUAAGAUUUAUUAUGUAGACUUCGGUAUAUGGACCACUAAUAUUCAUUUUUCAUUCAUCAAAGAGUCUCAUUUGUAAACAAAGGUUUGUGUGUGUAUAUAUUUUAUAUAUAGGCCUAUAAUAUUAUAAAGUAGCAUCUUUUUUUCUAUUUUUAAUCAUUUUGUUGAAAAAAGGGAAAUAUAUCGCAUGACAAACAGGGAUUGCUCCAGAGUAAAAUUUUGUACACAUACACAAUUGAAAUAAUAAUAAAAAUAUAGCUGCAAGCAGCAAAGACAGGCCCCGGCCCCGGCCCCGGCCUCGGCCCUGGUGGCACCUUCACCACCAGUAGCAUCAGGAAAACGGUGCACAGCGGGUGCAUGCUUGUAACCCUCUGGCAGUCUGGUUGUUGUGUUACAGCAAUGAAAGUGUUAGUUUAGAACAGGGGUGCCUAAUCCUGCUCCUGGAUUGGGCACCCUUAGAAUGUCAAGAGUGUGAAACAGAUACAUUCACAGAAAGGGAAGGAUAUAUAAAUCUUGUAAUGAUCUAUAUUUUUUUUACAAUUUUUAAUGAUCUAUAAGCAUUUAUAAAAUAAUUGUAUAAAACUAUAUUGACAGUGCAGUACAUUUCAACUGAUUUUAGGUUUUAAAAGGCAGGCUUAAAAUAUUUCUUCUCCUAUGACUCUAGUGGAUAACCUUAGUAUUACAUCCUUCAUCUGUCAGUUGAAAUGUCUGAUAGUUUUAAAUUUGCUGGCCCUACAGCAUCAGAAAUUCAAGAAAAUCAAGCACGUUUGCUCAGAAUGACAUUUUCUGUAUGUAAAAAGGUUUGAGGAGUUUGGACAACGUACUUUAUAAAGAUAUAAGAAAAUGACUGUUUCUGUUUUUGCUCUUACUUUAAUGAAUCGCCAUGGCAACACUGUUCAAGAUGUCCAAAAAACGUUCACAGUUUUGGUGUGAAUUGCAUGAUUGCUCUUGGAAGAGUAUGCACUUGGCCGCCGAAUCACCGCCGUGUCGAUAUACAUAUAUACAGAGAUACUUGAGUUUGUUCUAAGCAACAUUACUCUGCUGAUUUUAUUAUAUAAUGUAAAUUACUUGUACAACAAUUAAAAACAAAUGGUGCUAUAA